ACUUGGCAACGCCAAGCGUGGUCAGCAAGAAGAAAAAGAAAAAGAAGAAGAAGAAGAAGAAGAAGAAGAAGCCGGCCCGAGGACUGCUCCAAACAGAUACACUCCUGGCCUGAAGUGCUUCAUACACUCCAUUACCUCAGGCCGACCUUCAGAGCCACAUUCUGACUGUACUCAUCACCCAAUCCACCUCGCCCAAGUGAAAACGCCAAACACCACCAUCUGAUACCUCAUCAUCAGAAUCAUGCUGAGCCAGGAGUUCUUGCAGAAGCUGAGACUGCCAGAUCUGGAUUCUGUCAGUCAGUACUGCAGGGGUCUCUCCAUCUCUACAUUAAUCAGCAUGGGGGCGAUCACAGCUGCAACAACCUUCUACAUGGCAACACGACCAAAGGCCCUCCCACCCAUCUGUGAUCUGAAAAUGCAGUCAGUCGAAGUUCCGGGAGGAGAGUUUGUAUACCAAUCAGCUCUGCUGAAUGGUGACAGUCUCUUGACGCAUUUCUAUGACGACGCAAAAACAAUGUAUGAAUUCUUCCUGAGGGGCGCUCAAGUAUCCAAUAAUGGUCCUUUUUUGGGCUCCAGGAAACCCAAAGGUCCCUAUGAAUGGAUGUCCUACCAAGAGGUGAUGGAGCGAACAGAAAAUCUCGGAUCCGCUUUUCUGCAUAACGGACACUCCAAGGCCACUGACCCCAACAUUGGCAUCUUCUCUCAAAACAGACCUGAGUGGACUAUCACUGAGCUGGCAUGCUACGCCUAUUCCCUGGUGUCUGUCCCGCUUUAUGACACACUUGGUGCAGAGGCCAUCAACUACAUUAUAGACAAAGCCUCCAUCUCCACCAUAGUGUGCGAUGUGGCAGAUAAAGUCAACCUGGUACUUGACUGUGUAAAAGACAAGAAAUACACCGUGAAGACCAUUGUUGUAAUGGAGAGUCCGAGCGAAGAGCUGGUGGACAGAGGCGAGCAAGCUGGAAUCGACAUUCUCAGCUUGCGCGAGACGGAGGCCAUUGGAAAGGCGAACUAUCACCAACCUGUGCCUCCCAGACCUGAAGAUAUGGCUGUCAUCUGCUUUACUAGUGGAACAACAGGAAACCCAAAGGGAGCGAUUUUGUCACAUCAGAAUAUUGUGUCCAACUGCUCCGCUUUCCUUAAGCUAACACGGGCCACCUGUCUAUUGGGUCCCACGGAUAUCCAUAUUUCAUUUCUUCCCCUGGCUCACAUGUUUGAGAGAGUUGUACAGGGAGUGAUGAUGGUUCAGGGAUCCAAGAUUGGAUAUUUCCAGGGAGAUAUUCGUCUUCUGAUGGAUGACCUCUGUACACUAAAACCUACUGUGUUUCCUGUGGUACCUCGACUUCUAAACCGGAUAUACGAUAAGAUCUUUGGGCAGGCCAACACUUCUGUGAAGCGGUGGCUGCUGAAUUUUGCGUCCAGUCGAAAGGAAGCAGAGAUGUCGAAAGGCAUUGUAAGAAGAGACAGCAUCUGGGAUAGAUUAAUCUUCAGAAAGGUUCAGGCUAGCCUUGGGGGCUGCGUACGUCUGAUGAUAACGGGGGCUGCUCCCGUCUCGCCUACUGUCCUCACUUUCCUCCGAACUGCAUUAGGAUGUCAGUUCUAUGAAGGCUAUGGACAGACAGAGUGUACCGCUGGUUGCACCAUGACCAUGCCAGGUGACUGGACUGCCGGUCACGUUGGUGCUCCUCUGCCUUGUAACUUCAUCAAGCUGGUAGAUGUGGCUGAAAUGAACUACCUGGCUGUAAAUGGCGAAGGAGAGGUGUGUGUGAAAGGUCCCAACGUGUUCCAGGGUUACCUGAAUGAGCCGGAGAAGACUGCAGAGACUAUUGAUGCUGAUGGAUGGGUUCACACUGGAGACAUUGGGAAAUGGCUUCCUAAUGGCACACUAAAGAUUGUGGAUAGGAAGAAGCACAUCUUCAAACUGUCUCAGGGGGAAUACAUAGCUCCCGAGAAGAUAGAGAAUGUCUAUGUGAGGAGUGAUGCCGUGGCACAGGUUUUCGUGCAUGGAGACAGUCUACAGAGUUUUCUGGUAGCAGUGGUGGUUCCGGACCAUGACUUCCUGUGUGGUUGGACCAAGAGGACCAUGGGAGUGGAGGGCAGCUAUAAUGCACUUUGCAGUAGAGCGGAUGUCAAGGCGGCCAUCUUGGACGACAUGGUGCGACUCGGCAAGGAAGCCGGCCUCAAGUCGUUUGAGCAGGUGAAGGCCAUAUGUCUCCAUCCUGAGCUCUUCUCAAUCGACAAUGGUCUGCUCACGCCAACACUGAAAGCCAAGAGAAACGAAUUGAGACAACACUUUAGAUCCCAGAUGGAUGAGCUAUACGUUGGCAUCAAGAUGUAGGAGAACAGGAAGAAGUGCGGAUGGAAAGAUAGCCAAGAACGAAGGGCAGACACACACCAAAUGAUGGAACAUGCCAUUUCACUCCAAAGGAAGUUUUCACGUCAGACCUCAUACUGUGAGCUGUUAUAUAGCUGUUAAUGAAAGACUUGCAUUUUUUACCCCCACAAUUUAAACCAGUUCCCAAGUGUCUUAAUCGUAUGUCUGUGACAUGCGCCUGUCCAAAUACCCAAAAGAUCAAGAAUUAUAACACACCGCAACAUCCACUUUUAACACCCUGCGUGAAGUUAUUCGGUUUCGAUGUCCUACGGGCCCAAUCCCAUAUGGGUUUUGUUACCAUGACUACUAGGAGCCGAGCUUCUUGAACCAGAGUCUUAAAAAGUGAGGGCAAACUUGCCACAGGCACCGUAUAGCCACCAGACCGCAAACUACUGGAGAGAGGACUUUUUCACUGUUCUGCAGAAUUACAUGUGCAAAUUAGUGUAGUAGAUGCAUUUGGCACAUACAGUGGGCACAUCGCCAAACUCAAUUAUUCUACUUCAAUUUAGCCGAAUGUUUACUGUAAAUAACACUCAUACAGUAAAUACUGUAUACCAACUUCUGAAUACUUUCCGUACACACUGUAAGUGCUUUUUAUGAGCAGCUAAUGCUAAUCUAUGCAACCAACAAAACUCAUUGCUGCGCUGAUUCUCUUUUGGCUUUGUCGCAGUGUUUCACUCCGUGUCGUCCAGCUGUUGUUUGAAAGACCUGGGCGGAUAAACUGUGUGGGCCAUAUUAUGCACAUUUGACACACUAUUGCAUCUCAAACUGGCAAAAUUCAGGAUGGCUUGCCUACAGUCGCAUUUUCGGAAACAGGCAGUUCACAAAAUACUUACUUGGUUGUUUAAUUUCAUAUUAAUGGAUUGUCGGGCACUCCAAAGGCCCAAUUAUUUGCACACAAACAGUCCAGAAUACAGUACAUGUACAUUUUUCACAUUAUGACCCCUUUAAAUGGUGAUGGAAGAGUGUUUCUUGCCAUAACUUUGUACACAAAAAUACACACGUAAUUUUUACUUUAAAAAAAAAAUAAUAAUAAAAUCAUUUGCCCUACUAAAUGAGUUUAAUGAACAAAGAUUCCAUUCUUGUUUUUGUUGAAAUUUUUUUGUGAAUGACUAACAAUGCAACCAACCAACCUACUAACUAAUCAACAAAAGGAAAAAUCGAUAAAUAAUAAUAAUCCUCAGGAAAAGAACAAUUACAGGACAAAUGGAAAAUAUUCUAAUAUAUGUAAUUUGAUUGUUUCUUUAUAAUUGAAUUAUAUAAUUAUUGAAAUGUGUAUGUGUAUUGAAAAGAGUUGUGUGCUUGAUAUAAUUAUUUUUACUGUAUU